CCUUAAUUAACUGUUCCAUAAAACUAUGUACAGAUUGUUGAUGUUCAUUCAUGUAGUUUGAAUACGAAAGAAGUCUAUCAAUAUUAAGACUGUGGUGAAGUCAUCUUGAAAAUGGUUAUACAUCUCUUGGUCAUCGCUAGCUUGGCUGCGCCAUUGUCUGUGGUGGCACAGCAGUGUCCGCUCUCUGUAGUGUCUGUCGGUGACGCCCAAGUGGAGACGCUGAGGUACAGUCGCAUGGAGCUAGCAGUAGACCUACUACGUUCUGUAACCUCUCAGGAUCCGACGCAGAACGUAUUCCUCUCACCGUACAGCAUAUUCUCGGCCUUCCAACUAUUAUUCUUUGCAACUUCUGGCUAUUCUGAGAAGAUUAUGAGAACAUUUCUUCAUAUACCUCAUAACCUGACUAAAAAUGAUGUAGUUGGAAUCUACGCCUUAGACAGACAACAAAAUGAGCAGAACUACACAAAUGACUACGAACUCGACAGCGCCAAUAAACUCUACAUACAACAAGACCUUGACAUAAGAGAUUGCGUAAAGCACAUCUUUCCAAAAGAAUACUCUACUGCAGACUUUAAAAAUGAUUUGGAGUUAUCUCGUAAAAAUAUAAAUAAAUGGGUAGAAAGGCAGACAAAAAACUUAAUUGUGGAUUGUAUACCAGAAGGAUUCCUAGAUAAGAACACAUCACUACUAAUGGUGAAUGCCGUGUACUUCAAAGGGUUAUGGAAGUCAAGAUUCAAUAAAGAUAAGACUUCCCCUGAAUAUUUUCACAUGGCUGAUGGAUCUAGAAGACUAACUGAAAUGAUGAACACACAGAGUAGUGUCAGAGCUGUAUUUUCUAGCAGUUAUGGAAUACAUGGUCUGGAGCUGCCGUACGAGGGAGAUGAUAUCAGCAUGUUCAUAAUUUUGCCUGAACAAUCUCAUGCAACAGCAGUACAAGAUUUACUGAGGUCAUUAACUUAUGAACGUCUAGAGAUGAUUCUAAGUGAGAUCUUAGACAGCCCUCUGAAAAAAAUGGACAUUACUAUUCCUAAGUUCAAAACUGAGAAUAAAUAUAAUCUCGUACCGAUUUUAAAGGAUUUGGGAGCAGAUAAGUUACUUGAGUUUGUCGACCUCAGUGACUUUGUUAAAACGUUUAAUGAUUUUAAAGUGGAUAAGGCCAUCCACACCGCCAAAAUUGUUGUAGAUGAGCAAGGCACGGAGGCGGUGGCUGUUACAGUAGUGAAGGCAACCAAGACCCGUUCAUAUAUAAGGGAACACUAUACAGUAUUUCGAGCAGAUAGGCCUUUUUUGUAUUUUAUUUAUAAUACUGUAACGAGGACGCUGCUAUUUUCUGGUGUUUUUAACUCCCCAUAAAUACGCAUAGCCGUAACAAAUUUUUAUAAUUAUGUUUUAACAGAGAAUAUUGUAAAAGUGUAUAUGAAUGUAGAUUCAUGAAAAUUCAAUUUUAGCAAAUUAUUAUUGUAAAUAUUGUUGUUACGCUCAUUAUUUUAUUAACACUUGAAGAUGGAUAAGAUUUUCUGUGAAAAUAUAUGUUAACUUCACAAA